AUGUCUGACGCAGGUAGAAAGGAUUUCAGCGAAAAACUAUCCGAGAAGGCUAAGCCAGAGUCCCAAAAAUCUUACAUGGAGCAAGGCAAGGAGAAGGUAACCGACGCCGCCGACAGAGUCGCCGGCGCCAUUCAGCCAGAAGAGAACAAGGGAGUCGCUCAGGGCGUUCACGACGCUGCUAAGGAGGGUAAGGACGAGGCCAAGGGUGAGUCUUUCGAGGAAACUGCCGGCCAGUACGUGGAGGCUGCCAAGAAGAAGUUGGAGGAAGCUGUCGAAUACGUUUCCUCUUCUGUCCACGGCGGUGAGCCCUCCAAGAAGUAA